CUAACUUCACUUCCUCCCAUCACUGCCGCAUUUCUUCUUACAUUUAUAGAUUCGCUCUGAUAAGUAAAAAGAACUUUUCGAUCAUCACCAAUUCAGAAUGAGAGCUAAGUGGAAGAAGAAGCGUAUGAGGAGAUUGAAGAGGAAGCGCCGAAAGAUGAGGCAGCGAUCCAAGUAAAACCGUAUUUCGCCCUAAUCGAACCGAACCGAACCGCAUCUUUAGGUUUAUGCUUUAAGUUCUAGUUUAAAAUUUCAGCGACAUCUGAGUAGUGUUUUUGCCCUAAUGGCACUGAAUUGAGAUUCUGAUAUCCGUUUUUUUGUUAUAAAAUUAUGCUACUUAUUAUUCGUGUUGUUUUUUUGCUCUAUUUUAUUUACGUUGCUUUUUAUAUCUGAUUUUGAGUUUGUUGAUGUGGAGUAUUGGCUCUUGGCCUGCUAGCUAUUUGUUUUUAAUAAUCUGCAUCCAUAUAUUCGCGGUAACCUCAAAACAAGAAAUGUUGGUAUAGAUCGUUAACUAAAUGUAAUAAUUAUAUAUGUAUUUGUUUUAGUGUUUAUAUAAUUUUAAGAUUUCAAUUAAAGAUGUUUACAGUUUCUGCUUGGGGAAGAUUGUUUUGCUGUUUGAAAAGUGCUAUGAUUAGUGGACUGGUGGAUUCGUUUGGUUCAUUAUCAGGUGCAGUUACUUAUUGAAAAGAUACAAAACUGAGAAAUUAUUUUAAUUUUGACCUGAACUUUCAGUGAUGUCCAGAACAAUUUGGACUUGAGACCGAUACCAUUGUUAAUGAAAUUUGCGACCUGCGUAGUGUAGUGUGGAUGCUAGGCAACUGAGUUCCUGGACCUUUUUCAAUUGUGGAUUAUAACUUCAAGGAACGCUAGGAAAAUAAACCAUAAUAUACCAGAAAAGGAAAAUGAUCUAUGCUCCUCCAGAUGUUAGCUCGUUUGGUGUUCCCAUGGUGCACUUUUUGGCAAUGAUGAUAUGAUAAUGUCAACUUGGAGUUGCAGGGUUGUAUGACAUUGUUGUUUUAUGGAAGGUUGGAACUUUGGUUAUUAUCAUUGAGUCAAACAUGGAUGUUAGCCUAUGCUUUGGUAGUAUUGGAAGUGUUUUUAAGUUCGCUUCUCUCUACAAUUUUACUGCCAGAAUGCUAUGUCCCGAGUGAUUAUUUUAUCGUUUAGCAUUGAUUGCCUUAUAUGUCUUGCAUUUGAAGUGGUUGUUGCAUCAUUCAUGUGUUUUCAAGGCUUACCAACUAAAGUUUGGCUCAUUAGUGCCUGAUUUCGGCGGAACUGAUAUUUCCUUUGUAUUGGCUAAGUCAGUGUCUGAUUCUCUAACAAUAUCUACGGUACUAAAAGCACUUUGGGUGCUGCAUAGUGGCUUAAUUUGGGAGAGGUUAGUUUUGUGCCAUUGCUGCUCUCUUCUGGAAUUUAUAGAGUCCACAAUCUUACGAGUGUUUAAAGAUACAUCGAAUAAGUAAAUUUCUAAUUUAACUGCUCAUGAUAUAUGUCUGUUGCAUCGUGUCUGGUAUUUAUUUAGAUGGAUGCGGGUAGAGGGGUUUGUUAAUCUUUGUGUUUUGAAGUUGAACAGUGGACUUCUUGGUCAUAAAAUACAUAAGAAAGUUCUUUGUAUGACUACUUGAUUCUGCAAAAAUAAAGAAGCGGGUGGUGCUCCUUGUCAUAAUUCCUGUUCAUUUAGCUCUGCUUAAUUUCUAUGUUUACUGAUUGGUUCUGCAUCGAAACCACCUGUAGCUAGACCUUUUCCCUUCGAGGAAUUGGGAACCCAUCGAGGGAGUGAAAUAGCCCCGAUUUUUGCCAGUUUUCUCUAAGCAAUGCGCUUUUGUUGUAUUUGAUGCACUUGAUAACCCAUGUCGAAUUCUCUUGGAGUAAGGUUGGUGUCCUACCUUGCGACAUAUGCGUCGAGUCAAAUAUUUAACAUUUUAAUCAAUCUCUCAUAACUUGCAAAACAUCCAUGAAAUACGAGUUGGAAGUUGUUUGGAUUCAUAUCAAUAGUAAAAAUUAGAAGAAUGGCUCAGAUGUCUGAGCAAGCUGAAGAUCAAAUUGAAUGCCUGUAUUUUUGAGUUACCUCGAGACUAUUAGAACUUUCUGUUCUAGUUAAAUCACCCCUUUGUCCUUGUUGUUUGUUACUCUCCUUUUCACUACUAUUUUGACUUGUACUACUUUAAAUGGCCCUAUAAAUGUAGUUGACACCGUAAUUCUUACUACCACUUAUAUCGGAAGGAUAUAUAUACAUAUUUAGACUAAAGAUAACUAUUUGCGGCUUGACAGUUUUAAAACAGAUUUUCCUACUAUUAGUAUAAAUAAAAGUGUGAACUGAACCUCUCAGGGGUUGAUUGGUUGGAAAGAAUUUAUUUCAGGAUUAAUUAUCCCAGGAAUAGUUAUUUACCUUUCCAUUGGGAUAAAAAAAAUAUUAUAAUUCCGGGAUAAUUAUACCGUAAUUUUCUACCAACCAAACAUGGCAUAAACUCUUCUUAAAUUUAGUCUUGAGAUUAAUUAUUGUUUAUCCUCUCAAGAGCCACAAUUUUCUGUUAGCGAUACUCCCAUGUACCAUGUCACCCACAUACAAAAAGCUAAGAACACGAAGAGAUCCCAAAUAAGGACCUCAUUUAGUCUGACAGUUUCAAACUUCAAAAAUUUGUGUCGGCUUGGCAAUGCAAAAAACUUGAGAAAACGUCUGAAGUUUGCCUAGACAAUCUAUCUGAAGUUUGAACUUUGGACUAUCAACCAAAAGAUCGAUAGUUUCCAUUAUGAACAACCCCAACUUAGUCUUGGUUCAUGAAUAUUAUGGUAUUUACACAUGAGCUAAGAAAUUUCCUGGCAUUGCAUUCAUUAGGUUUGGCUGCUUUUGUGGAAUAUUUGAUAGAUACUAUGCCCUGUUUGACAACUUUGAAGGCAAAAAUAAAACUUGACUAAGGUUUCUUGUGGCUAGCACGACUUAAUAGGAAUUAUUUGUCCAUAUUUUCUUGGAGUCUGCAUUCAUCCACUUUUAAUAAUUCCUAGUAAUAAUAGUUCGGGAUGAGCACAGUACUACCUAAUGAAGGACGUCAGUACUUCAGAUUUUUAUAAACUUAAUUUGAUUAAGCUUUGGCUUUUUUUAUAACUUCAUUCUGCUAAACCAUGUCAAUCACACACUAGGGACAUUCUCUUAAUUCCGAGUUAGGGAAUGAGAAAAAUGCAAUACAUCGUCUCUCAUUGAUAAAGAUAAAAUACUAUGCAUAAAGUUAAUUGUUAUAUAAAAAAUAUGGUACUAAUCUUCUAUUGCAUUGCAGGAAAUAAUAAAAUUCGCAGAAAAUCAACAAAUCACUACUUGUCAUCACUUGGACUAGAACGAAACUAAAGAUCAGAGAUUCAUAUAUGGACCCCAUCAUAUAGAAAUGAGCACAGGGAGAAAAAUGAAUAAAAUAUCAAAUACCUUGGUGUAAAAUAAGAAAAAUAAAAUGCUCUCUUCUCAUGCUCUCGGCGCAAGUUAGUUAACCUGCGUCGGUGUGGAUAUCUAUGGCAGGAGGACGCGGUGGAAGAACAAAGAAAGUACCCAUAGUCACCUUUGGAAGCUCUGUCGGUGCACACAUGCAACCAGAAUCAACAAAUUUGGAAACUGAGUUAAUAACACCAACACAUCUGAGUAAAGUGAGGAACCCUAACGAGGCUUGGCGGUCUUCAACUCCAAUAGGAGCUGCUAAGAAGCUUCAAUUGAGUUCAGAUUUUACAAUUGAGAAGCGGAAUGGGGCCGUAGAAUCAUCAAUUGAGCACGAUAGCACAACUAUUGAAGCUGUGGUGCAGGAACCCAAUGAAACAGUACUGAAACAGGGCACUGAUCCAAUUGCUUCAAUACAGGAGAAGCCAACACAGCCAUGGGUGAACUUAUUUUCUAAGAACAAAACUAUGGAAAACGGUAUGGCUCUUUCCUAUAUAGCACCUCAAAUAGUUAAUGGAAAGAUUGUGAUCCAACUAGAAAAAGAGGAAGUGGAACGAGAGACCGGAGAGUGGAGGGGAUCCUUAAUUGCUUAUGUAAUUGUGAAUUGCUCAGGGUAUAAUGCUAUGCGAAGAUAUAUCGAUCAAAAGUGGAAUAACAUUACAAGUCCUGAUUUGUUCAUGCAUGACGAAGUGUAUUAUAUCAUCAAAUUCCAAACUAUUGCUGAUAUGCACGAAAUCCUGUACUCUCGCCCAUAUACCAUCAAUAAUCGACCCAUCAUUUUGAAGCCAUGAUGUAACGACCUGACCGGUCAUUUUGAGAGUUGUAGCCUCGU